AUGGGGGGCAGCCAGGCCCCCACGGUCGCAGACAAGAAAGGGAUCGUCCAGUCCAGGUGCACUGGUUCCUGGGCCAUAACAAGGGGGCGCCCCGGCCGACCCUGGAGCCGGCGGAAGCAGAGGCGGCGCCAAGCGGCAGGAGACGAGGCCAUGGGCGCGCAGGUCGGGGCUCUGCUGCUGGCGCACCUGUUGGUGCGACUCGAAGUCGCGAGGCAGGCGUUGCGGGAUAAGGACCUGCUGCUUCCAGGUUUCGAGAACUCGUCGAUGCUUGCAUGGCCAUGUGGCCAACGGAGCGUGCCGACACGCAUAGUGGGUGGAAAGGACGCAGAGCUCGGGCGCUGGCCGUGGCAGGCCAGCCUGCGCCUGUGGGGCUCCCACUACUGCGGAGCGAGCCUGCUCAGUCGCCGCUGGGUGCUCUCGGCCGCACACUGCUUCCAAAACAACAAAGAUCCCUAUGAAUGGACUGUCCAGUUUGGCGAGCUGUCUGCCACGCCAUCCAUUUGGAGCCUGCGGGCCUACCUCCGUCAUUACAGGGUGAAGGGUGUUAUUAUAUACCCCAGAUCCAAGAAGUAUUUUCAGGAUGACAUCACCCUGCUGAAGUUGUCCUCCUCCGUCACCUUCAAUAAGCACAUCCAGCCUAUCUGUGUCCUGUCCUCCUCCUCCGAGUUCACGAACCGCAGUGACUGCUGGGUGACUGGCUGGGGGGACAUCCAUGAGAAAAAGAGCCUGCCGCCUCCCUACAGUCUCCGGGAAGUGCAGGUCUCCAUCAUAAACAAAUCCAGGUGUUCCUACCUGUUCCAUCAGCCUGAUUACUGCAGUAACAGUAAUGGUAUGAUUUGUGCUGGCUCCGAGGAUGGCAACACUGACACCUGCAAAGGUGACUCAGGCAGACCCUUGGUCUGUGAAAAGAAUGGGCUGUGGAUUCAGAUUGGAACUGUGAGCUGGGGAGUGGGCUGCAGUAGGUGCAACUGGCCCGGUGUCUACAUCAAUAUCAGUAAUUCCUUCAGCUGGAUCCAGAAGCUGAUGGGCCGCAGUACACCCAGGCACCCCUCUCAGUUGCUGCUGCCCCUCGCUCUGCUCUGGGCUCCCCGACUCCUGCAGCUGGCCUGUGCACAUCUGAGCCCAUGA